AUCGCAAAGUGCUGUUAGCUGUCACUUUGAGGUUAUGACCGCCCGCUUUUCCGACGAAAACAGCAAGUUACCGUGAAACAGAAGCGCCGCAGUUUUUACGCAACGCAACUGGAAAACCGAAUCCAUGGCCACCGCCGCAGCUGUAGCAAAAGUCGGAAAAUCAGUGCACCGCAUUUUCGUGGGCAAUCUGCCGUGGACAGUGGGCCACCAGGAGUUGCGUGGCUACUUCCGCGAGUUCGGACGCGUGGUGUCCGCGAACGUGAUCUUUGACAAGCGAACGGGGUGCUCCAAGGGCUACGGCUUCGUUAGCUUCAACAGUUUGGCCGCGCUGGAGAAGAUCGAGAACGAACAGAAACACAUACUGGAGGGCAACUACCUCAACAUACAGAAAUCCUAGAUUCCCCUCUUCAAUUGUCAUUUAGUUUAUAAGCGUAGUAGUUUUUUUUUUUUUUUGACAUGUCGGACA